GCCAAGACCGUGUUUCUCCCACGGGUACUGAUGGGUUAGUGCUAUGUUGUCUCAAGAAAUGCCUGUUGCAGUCCUUCGUUUUCACUUUCUAAAAUUAAAAUCAGUGAUGGAAGUUUAAAAAUAUAUAUAGGCAACGUUUUACUAACAGUAUUGUAUUUUUUUUAUUGAUAGUAACGAUCUCGUGCAGGCGCGGGUGCAGCUGGGGUCUUGCGGUCGGAAAAAGCGCCAAGUUCUGCGCACAUUGCGUGGUUUAUCAAAUUGUUUUCCAAAUAGACUAUGAAAUUGAAUAAGCUAUCGAAGAAAGCGAAAAUAAAGUAUAACAUGACUCAAUAAGUGUGGAGCGCUGUUGUGUUGGCUGUGUAUCAUAAAUUACUAAAGACGGUCGAAGAUGCCCGGCCUACAGGGCGAUGGCGCGGCUCUUGGGAGCCCCAUCAAAAAGAGCAAACUAUCUCUGAAGUUUUUCCAGAAGAAGGAGACGAAGCGAGCAUUGGACUUCUCUGAACCUCAAGUAGAGGAACCAAAACCAGCCCCAGUUGAACCUGAGGAUCCUGCAAGCUGUGACCAGGUUGUGCCAAUCCCACUGCCUGGACAUGCCCCGUGUCCAACCUCUCCCAUCCGCCCCAGUGAUAAUGGAGAGGAGACUCUGGUGCCCUUUGUUGGGCUCAAUAACCUGGGAAACACCUGUUACCUGAACAGUAUUCUACAGGUAUUGUACUACUGUCCUGGGCUCAGAGAUGGCAUCAAGAACCUCUACAAUUUGUCCAAAACAAGGGACAAGCAAAAGGAAGAGGCUGCUAAUAGUGAUGAGCAGACGGAGAGUCCAGAGGAGGCGGUGCCGGUGCACAUGGAACUGCUGGGUAGUUUCCACAGUCUGAUCACCUCAGUGGAGCAGCUCCAGUCCAGCUACCUGCACAACCCUGACAAGUACAGUGAUGGGGAGCUGGCCACACCUCCACGCAAACUACUAAACACACUCAGACAGCUGAACCCCAUGUACGAGGGCUACCUACAGCAUGAUGCCCAGGAGGUGCUGCAGUGCAUCCUGGGAUACAUCCAGGAGGCCUCAGAGACCAUCAGGAAGGAACAGGAGGGUGACCAGGACAAUGAUGUCAUAGAGGUCAAGCCAGACAGUGCCUCUCCUGUGGGCACCAACGGCGCUUCAACAGAGGAGCAGGCCAAAACUUCAGAAACAUCCCUUGACGAUGACGGCCAAACCAGUGGUAAGAGGAAGAGCGAUACAGAGGCAGGCAACGCCAAGAAGAAGCCCAAAUCCAAGAAUGCUGUUGUGGCCGACGAUGGCAAACCCCUCACCCGCUCCAAGAGGAAGUUCUCCGGUGGCAUCACUGUAGCGCCAAAAGACAAAGGUGAAGAAGAGGGGGAGAAAAAGCAGGAAGAGAAGGGAGAGAAGGAGGAAAGCGACGUGGAGGGGAAAGGAGAGGUAGAGGUGGCCCCUAAAGAGGCGGAGGUGAAGAGGAAGAAGAGGCCCAAGCUGAGCUGGCUGAGGCCCUCAGGGAAGCAGCCCAGUAUCUUCUCUAAGUUCAUGACCAUGGGACGGAUCAGCUGCCACACAGGGGGGAAGACGGAGACGGCCAAACCUGGCCAGGAGGAGACAGGUCCUAGCCAACCUCAGGAGAAUGAUUGUGGGGAACGCGGGAUGAACCCUCAGGAGAAGGUAACAAAAGUGCCUGGGGAGGAGAAAGCUAAAAGUGAAGAGUGCCUGGGUGUGGACUUGAUGGAGCGUCUGUUCCAGGGCCGACUGGUGUUGAGGACACGCUGUCUGGAGUGUGAGUGUUACACUGAGAGGAGAGAAGACUUCCAGGACAUCAGUGUCCCAGUGCAGGAGGAAGAACCCUGCAGCCCAGACAGCAGCUCAGAGGUCUCCCCUGAUCCCAAACCGGCGCUGAAGACUCUGAAGUGGGCCAUCUCCCAGUUUGCCUCAGUGGAGAGGAUUGUAGGAGAGGACAAGUACUUCUGUGAGACCUGCCACCACUACACAGAGGCUGAGAGGAGUCUCCUGUUUGAUAAAACCCCAGAGGUCGUCACCAUCCAUCUCAAGUGCUUCUCAGCCAACGGGUUAGAGAUGGACCCGUACGGUGGCCUCUCAAAGGUGAACACCCCCCUACAGACCCCUCUGAAGCUCUCCCUGGAGGAGUGGUGCACUCACCCCUCAGCCACUGCCACCGGCGGGAAGCACUACCAGCUGUUUGCUGUGGUCAUGCACAGCGGGGUCACCAUCUCCAGCGGACACUACACCACUUACGUCAGGAUGAUGGACCUUAAGGACACCAAGGUCUGCCUGCCCGAGGGGGAUGAGAAGCAGGUAGAAGAGGAGUGUGGUGAGAAAGUGCACGGUCCGCAACCCAAAGAAGAGGUGCUGGAUUAUGAUGAUGGGGAAGUGUCCUUCAGUCUCCAUGGUAAAACAGGAAAGAGUGGUGCUGUGAAUACUAACUCCGCUAGCACCACCAACACCAGUAAGAUGGGCUCCAAGAAGGCUUCAGAGGGGGUGGGACUCCUGGGGGGCCAAAGGAGCCUGUCCAGCUAUGACCUAGGGGGCAACAAGCAGACAACCAACCCAGACAAAGCUGCCUCUACUGGGGCAGAGAGCACUGCCACCAGAUCAUCCAGACGGACCUCCAGUGCCCCGGGACACAGCGGUAGUGGAGGGGUUAAGAAGGAGGGUGAGGGGGGCGAGGAGGCCUCUGUGGCUGGGUGUGAGGGGGCUGGGGUGGCUACGGAGCAGGCCCUAAGCAGCCUGCUGCAGUAUGAAGGGAAGUGGAUGCUGUUUGACGACUCUGAGGUGCGUCUGUUUGAGGAGGAGGACUUCCUGAGAGCCUGUUCUCCAGAAACCUGCUCCACAUCUACCCCAUAUCUUCUGUUCUAUAGGAGGGUCUGAAACCUCUGUAUGUUUGUGGGUGAAUUAAGUAUUUUCCUUGAUUCCUCAAGUCCUCUCUCCUUAACUCUUUCUCAAAUAUCAUAGGGAAGUGAGGAGAGCAUUGUAAAAGAUCACCUGAGGUUUUGAGAACGAGUUGACUUGAGAGUCAGCCUGGUUGGUAUGCUGGAUUUUGAUACUCCUGUCACUGAUGUUUAUAACCUGUAUAGGUCCUUUUAAAUGUUUAAUAUUCAGUUCAUCCUUUUUUAUGCUGGGAAUAUAACAUUUGCAAAGUCUACAAAAAUGCACCUUGGCACUUAUGACAUCAAGCAACCUGCCCUUUGAUUUUCCUUCCCUCUUGUAAGUGGUCUGAAUGGAAAGUAGAAUGUUUCUCCCUGCCACUUUUUUUGGUUUCAGAUUAUUUUUUUAAAUAAAGAGCACAUUUUAUUAUUGUACAUCUUUAUCCUGCCCUGGCUCCAUGCCUUCUACCCAGGAGAGAGAUGUCUGUUGAUUAGUGUUAAUACUGUUGGACUGUCAGAAGUAAGAGGACUAGUUUUGUCCAUAAUGUUUAAAUUCAGUUACAUUCAGAUAAGACGGCCAUCUUGGUCUAGUUCUUGGUGGAAGAACUUUUGCACGUGGAGAAAAAUAAAUAACUUAUCUUGGUUGAUAUCAUUUUGUACAAUGUUUUAUAAGUGAGUGAAACCAGUGAUGAAAUACCUAGCCAGUAAGAUAGACAAUCACUUUACAAAAUGCUAGUACAACAUUGCAUAGCUGUUAGUCUCAGAUUUGAUAUGUAUGGAGGGGGAAGAAGAAUGUUUGUCUACCCUAGGGCUCUAUUCAAUCUGUAACGCAGAAGUUCAGCUUUACAGUGUGAUUUAAAUGUAAUGUUCCCGCUUUAGUGGAGACUGCAUUCACGGUAAACGCUGCGUAUGUCUGCUCAAUGGGGAAAUUACCUUUAAAUUUACAUUGCGGAAUCUAACGCUUCAGUUUUACAGAUUGAAUAGUGCCCCUAGUGUAGGUCUUUUCCUCUAAGCCUUGGUUGUUUUCUCCUGAAGUUGUACAGCUCUGUUCAACGGCAGUACCUCGUUCCAGUGAAAAGGGGCUGUGUGGCCAUACUGUUUGACUCACGGGCCCUGUGGAAGAUCAUAACGUACUAUACAAGCAAUAAAGUUUGAACUUUCAUGUAAAACUGAAUUUCUAUUAAUCCUUUCCCUGCUGUGAAGUAUUAUAGAUUUAAAAGAAAUGGUUUGGGUUUGAAACCAGGAAAGUAGACUAAAUUACCUUUUUCAUGCGAAUAAUUCCCACUAUUGAUCUACUUCUCUCUCCUGCUUUAAUUUGUAGAUUCUCUUGUACAUGUAAUAAAACACCAGCAUAUGCAAA